AGAGAGGAGCGCGCAUGAAAACGGUCUUGGAGAGACCAGAGUUUCAUUCCCAUCACUCUCCGCCGGCUAGUCAGACCGCAGACACAUCACAGGGUAACUGAAUGUUGCACAACAAAGGAUGACCCCAAAAAGAAAAGCAUAAGGACCAAUAAAACACCUGAGGACCGACGCAACAGGGGGGGGAGCGUGAGUGACUUCCCAUGGAGGAGAGCGCAGAGAGGGUGAGCUCCUUCUCCUUCACUUGGUACCAAGAUACAAGUUGGAUGUAUGCCGAAGUGAUGUGGAUUUUGGGGGACUGAAUAUUUUUAUUAGUCUGUUCAAUUAGCGGAGCUCAUUUGAUAUUUUCAAGCCAACCCAAGACGUUGCCGCGGGUCCUGAGCUGUCCACAUCCACAGAGCGGAGCGCACGCUGUAUAAAAUUUAGAAGAAAAAAAAAAAAUGCGCCUCUGUUUCAAAGACGUGGAUCUCAAUCCAGGGAUUGCACUGCCAGAGAUAAUUUAGGUGGGUUGCCAAAAUACCUCUUGAAUGUUUUCCAAACUGAUUUGUCGUUUGGCUUCGUAUCGGCACGCAAACUAAACCAAAAGAAAAAAAAACUGACUUCGCAUCUGGAUUACAGCGGCAUGUCCGUGUAAAAAGAGCUGUGGCAUCGAUGUGCUUUCCUACAUGUUGCGAAUUAGACAUUUAUUAUAUAUGUCUAUGAUAUCAAAAUGGACAGUUGAGACUUUUGAAUGAUGUUUUCAAUCUAUAUUUUUUUUGCUCGCCACUCAGGUGGAAAUGUUGGCUGGAGACUGUGGCAUUUACUAAGAGGGAGCUGCAUUCAAAGACAUAAAAAAUAAAAUACAACAUCUAGCAGUCGGGGUGGAUCAGCGUCAAUACAGGCACCAAUAUAACCACACGGACACGCCUCGAGGAUCAUUAAACAAAUCAGAUAAACGCAGGGCGAAAUCCAUCAAUAGAAGUUAUUGAUGAGGUGGUAUAUAAGGCUAAUGAUUGGGCAAGCCUCUGUUUGCUCAACAGCUCUGCAACAAUAUGAUGUGAAACUUUCGCUGAGGGCUUGACAGUUGAGGCAUACAGUAAGAGGAGAAAAAAAGGAACGAGGACUUUUCUUUUAAUAUCAUUUUUACUGCUGCUAUUUUAUGACUACAGAGCUGAUUGGAAAAAUAAUUGCAAACCACGGCUGGAAUAUUCUUCCUUUCCUUCAAACUAGAAUGUCUGCUGCCUGUACUGCUGCUCCAGGAAUUUAUGAACAAGAAUUUUUGGGGGGCAAAUUUCUGAAGAGAUGUUUUUGAAAUAUUUGUAGCAGCUCUUGUGCAAGGAUGGUGGUUGUGACAAGGAGCCUAUGGAUGACCCAGUCUGUGGGAGAGCUGGUGCCGAGACAGUUGACCUCUCCGCCAGCUACGCCGUCCGUCUAAAACCCUUCCCCAGAGAGGCACAGCUGCAGCAGGCUGGGGAUGUGAUGGGGUGACUGUUGACACCCCCAUCACCCACCCCCUCUCUCACUUUAUUAGCAGUGUAAUAUAAACAAUGGAUCAGAAUUUCUCAACGGUUCGAGAUGGCAAGCAGCUGCUACCAGAGAGAGACUCGUCCAAACGUGUGCUGACAGGAUGCUUCCUCUCCCUCCUCAUCUUCACCACGCUGCUAGGCAACACGCUUGUGUGUGUUGCUGUCACCAAGUUCAGACACUUGCGGUCGAAGGUCACUAACUUCUUUGUCAUCUCCCUGGCCAUCUCUGACCUUCUGGUAGCUAUCUUGGUAAUGCCGUGGAAGGCGGCGACAGAGAUUGUGGGGUUUUGGCCAUUUGGCGCCUUCUGCAAUGUCUGGGUGGCGUUUGACAUCAUGUGCUCCACUGCCUCUAUCUUGAACCUGUGUGUGAUUAGUGUGGACCGAUACUGGGCCAUCUCGAGCCCAUUCCGCUAUGAACGCAAGAUGACCCCUAAAGUGGCGUGUCUGAUGAUCAGUGUGGCGUGGACCCUGUCUGUUCUCAUCUCCUUCAUUCCUGUUCAGCUCAACUGGCACAAAGCUCAGACAACCAGCUACGCAGAGCUGAAUGGAACAUACCCUGGCGAUCUGCCCCCUGACAACUGCGACUCCAGCCUUAACAGGACCUACGCUAUCUCCUCCUCCCUUAUCAGCUUCUACAUCCCUGUGGCUAUUAUGAUCGUCACCUACACCCGGAUCUACCGCAUCGCCCAGAAACAGAUACGGAGAAUAUCUGCUCUGGAGCGGGCAGCUGAGAGUGCCAAAAACCGUCACAGCAGCAUGGGGAAUAGUUCGAACAUAGACAGUGAGAGCUCAUUCAAAAUGUCGUUCAAACGAGAAACCAAAGUCUUAAAGACGCUCUCAGUCAUCAUGGGAGUGUUUGUGUGCUGCUGGCUGCCCUUCUUUAUCCUUAACUGCAUGGUGCCAUUCUGUGAGCCGAACUUGCCGGACGGUACCACUGACUUCCCCUGUAUCAGCUCCACCACCUUCGAUGUGUUUGUGUGGUUCGGCUGGGCAAACUCCUCGCUCAACCCCAUCAUCUAUGCCUUCAACGCUGACUUCCGCAAGGCCUUCUCCAUCCUGUUGGGCUGCCACCGGCUCUGCCCGGGGAGCAACGCCAUCGAGAUCGUCAGUAUUAACAACAACAUGGGCGCCCCUACCUCGAACCCCAACUGUCAGUAUCAGCCCAAGAGUCACAUCCCAAAAGAGGGCAACCACUCAGCCAGCUGUGUGAUUCCCCACAGCAUCCUGUGUCAGGAGGAGGAGUUACAGAAGAAGGACGGAUGUGUGGGGGAGAUCGAGGUGGGGAUGGUAAACAACGCCAUGGAAAAACUCUCCCCAGCCAUCUCUGGGAAUUUAGACAGCGAUACUGAGGUCACGCUGGAAAAGAUCAAUCCCAUAACACAGAACGGACAGCAUAAAGCACUGUCAUGUUGAGAAAGGUGGAUGGAUCAGAAUACUCUGAGGCAUGUAUGUACGCACAAAGGGAAGGAAAACAUACACAGGAGGACAGCAAACAAAACAAAAGAGACAGACAUCUCUAAGAACAUGCCUGACAGCGACACAAUGAGUGGGAUAUACAGGACCUUAAGACUGUCAACAAAAAUCUACAUGGAAAAACCUACAGAAUGUUUUAAAGUAAAGGCACUUUAUCCUGGAUAUAACUAUCUGCAAAAUACUUUCAGCAUUUAUUGAUGAAAUUGACACAUUUGAUGAUAAAUGUUGACAUUGUGAAUAUUAAAGCAGAACACUAGCUAUGUGCACAUGUAUACAUUUUUUUAGAUUUACAAAGAUGUAUACAUCUGCAUGUGUAUACUGUACAGUACCGACACUAUCCUGGAAGGACUUAAACACAGUAUAUACAGUGGAGGGAGAUAUAGUAACUAUUAGCAAAAUGUCUUGUAGGUAGGUGCUUUGUAUGUGUUUCAUGGAAGAGCGAACAAUGUGGAUAAAUUGGUUUUGGUACCGUAUAAUUAGUUGUUUAAUGCAGUUAUUUCUCUUCAGUCAAUUUCUAAUGGUAAUUUUAUUGCAAAAUUAAAAUACCUGUAUUGCAGUGGUAAUGUGUUUUAGUUCAAAGUACUUCAAACACCAAAGUAACAUUGUUCUGAUUCAAAUUAAAACAGGCCAGGGGGCAUAUAAUGGUGCACAUAAAAUGAAUCUUCAACUUUUUCCACAAAUAAGCCAAAUGAUAAGGAAUAGAAAAGUAAUUUGAGUUUGAAUUUUGACACCAUAGGCCAAGUUGUCAUAUAUCUAUAAAUGUUUCACGCCACCCUGACCAUAUUCUUUUGUAGUAUCUCCAGAUCCUUAAAAAAACGUGACGUGAUCAGAGGUCCAACUGAUGUGUGUGUCAGACAGAGAAAGAGAGGGCGAUAGAGAAAAUCACUCUUUAACAAUAUCCUAUGGUCUCUUUCCUGAGUAUCCCUUUCUGAUCCAUCUUCAGUCUUGCUCCCCUGGGACAGAUCAGAAUGGAUCACCUGAAGUUUCCUCUAUUUCCUCUCCUCUCUCCCUACUUUCAUUAGCUUUGUCUCCCGUUUCUGCCUCUCUUCAACAAACCUUUAGUCUCCUCUCGUUGCCAUUUUCCUGCUCUCCUUUCUUCAGCCAGCAAAGUCCCUUCCUCUCUCGUGCUGCCCUUAUUUCUUCAGCGCUGUCAACCUCUUCCCUCUUCCCUCCUCUCUCCUUUCUACCGUUCUCUAAAUAGGCACGGUCCUUUACACCUGCAUCAUGCCUUCUCAUUGUGUUUUUUCUUUUUCUGUCUGCUUCCCUCUCACUAUCUCCUUUGGCAGCCCUCCAUUUUAAGUCUUAACUCUAUCCACUUAAAGUGGCACUAAUUAUUCUGUUUUUGGCAAACGCUGUCAGUCCACAAUUGAAAAAAAACAAAAAUGUAAAUCUGUAAACUAAAACUCCUGCACUUGGACAGAGGGGGCAGAGCAGCAGCAGCAGAAAUCACUCAGCUGGAAUGCAAGUGACACUUACUGACCUUUUGCAAACUUGCAGAUAUCUGAUUUUGUAAAUUGUUCAUGCUGGGAGCCAUGCUGUGCUGUAGCGGCAAUGUGGAGCAUGCAGUGUGACAGUUGCUCUGUUUGCGGGGGUGGAGUCCAAGAUAAACCACCAUAAACAUACCUCCAGCUGAGAGUUGGAAUGAUCUCUGCUGUAUUUUGGCUCCAUGUAAACACCCCCUGAGCCCUCACCUUGUCAACUUGGUGAGUCAUCUUUGCAGCUGCCACUGCUUUGAUUUUGGAGAAGAGCGAUGUCAGGAAACAGUCCCACAAGCGAAAUGUUUUGUUUGAUCCAGAGCAUUUUCUUCUAGACUGCCCGGCAAGUUGCUCUGGGGAGCUGGUGACAGUACUGGGUCUCUCAAUCAGUGUUGUUACAUGACUUAUGACAACUCAAGCAAAUAUGACGAAUCCCUCCUCUGACGACAACGGUGGGGCCAAGAGACACAGCAGACGUAGGGGCCAAAGAACAAUCCCUGGCCCUGGGAAUGUGGAAGCUUUUUUAGCUAUGUUGUUUCAGCUUACUUAAACUUUAUAGGAUAAUGAUGGAGUCCCUACCUCGACAUCAAUUCAGUGACAAAGCUUCAUGUAAAAAAAAAAAAAAUAAAAUAAAUGGCAGUAUUUAGGGUUGGGGAGUGCAGGGAUAGAGUAUUGUACAAUGAUGUUCAAAAUGUAGUUGUGAUGAACACAAGUGCUUUUUAUCUUAAAAAAAAAAUCCUUAAUGUGUUUAGCAAACUUACAUGCUGUAUGUUUUCUCCAUCGUGGGAUUUUACUUUACAGUAAGAUGCGACAGUCACUGACUAUUUAUAUAUUUAUUUCUUUACAUGUUUCUGGUGUUCAUUCAUGAAAGUGAUGUCAAAGAUUAUAAUCCUCAGAAUUAUUACAGUAUUUAGUUUACAGUUUGUACAA